AUGGAAACGACAGAUUGGUCGAACGCAGUUUAUUCACCUGGAGUGAAGGGCGAAGCUAGCCCUUAUUUCUACGAUUUAGAACACGAUACGGCUGGAGGACAUGGUGGACCGCAACAAACAGCUAACCAGGCGACGCCAAAUUUUACAGAGCAAGAUCAGUAUUUGCUAAACCAAAUCGAACACAACUUGUAUGAAGCAGCAUCAAAUGGGACACCAGGUAGUGUAAAUGGUAAUCAUAUGAACGGACCACAGAAUACGCGUCCUGAUGGCAGUUCUGGGAAAUAUGAGUUUGGACUUGAUAACUUGAAUUUUGUAUUACCAGAAGAUAUCUCGUACGAGCAGCAAUCUACAGCGUACCCACCAUCAGCGUCUAGUUUAAACAACAAUACACCUCAUAUGGUUGCUACGAACAUGAAAAAGUCCACUAAACCGAUGGAAAACCCUACAAUGUUCAUGUCACCAGUCCUUCCUAGCCAAAACGAUAAGUCGUACAACAACCAGCAUUUAUAUCAUAAGUAUAAUAAGAAUUCUGACGAUGGCCAAGCAUAUGCUCAUCAACCACAGAAUCAACAUGUCAGACCUGAUGCGGUAUUCACGCCUUUAGAAUCACCAGCUGCUACCCCUCGGGAUCAGCAAGUGAAUUCGAAUAAUUAUCCAUAUAAUCCCCCAGUACAGGCUUCUUUUGAGCCGUUAACUUCUCCAGCAUUAGCUGCUCAACAGGCAGAUAAAAGAAGAUCUUCGUCGGUAUAUGCGCCUACAGAAGAUAGCGUACCUCAUAAACGAAAGACUCCGCACGGUACUCCCAUAUUGCACGCUAAUGGACCUCGUUCAAAACGUUCACCUUCAGUCAAGCCUAGAUCAUCACAUAAGUCACUGACAAGCUCACCAUUCGAGAAAUUACCUGAAGCUGGGGUGGAUCUGCAACGCAAUAGUUCAGAAUCUACACCUAUGCUUCCACCUCUGGGUAAGAAGGUUGACAUUCCUAAUAAUCCUCUUUCAAGUGAAACGCCAAAUUCUGCUACAAUGAUGGGAUUCACUAUGAGUGUGUUGGCAGAACAACAACAAGAAGGGUCGAAUAGGAAUAGCUCUCUGGAUAUGGCACAUGAAACGCCAUUGAAUGGUCAAUCAAGAAAUUCUUCAUUGUCAUAUAAGAAUAACCAUAAAAUACCGAACAAAUCAUCUUCUUCAAGCGAGACAUCCCCUGUUAUGGGUCUGCAAGGAAGUGGAGAGUCGUCUCCUGUCCUUACAAGAACUAAAUCAAGAUCUGAAAAGCCCACAGCGAAGAAGGCGUCGCACAAAUUAGCAGAACAGGGCAGACGUAAUAGAAUGAACAUGGCGGUCCAAGAAUUAUCGAAUUUGAUUCCCCAGACAUAUCAUGAUGAAGUUUCCAUACCAUCCAAGGCUACAACAAUAGAAUUGGCAUCCAAGUAUAUUAGGGAUUUAAUAAAGGAGAAUAACGAGAUGAAAUAUUACAACGUCCAACAUUAA